AUGUCGUUGCUUCCUAUUUCAGAAGUCGACUCUGAGACUUUCAUUUCAGCUGAAGUGUCUACCGUCCCUACUACCCCUGAAGGAAGUCUCAAUGGCGGCACAGAUAAAGUCGACGCGGAGUCAAGCGGUACCAGGACGACUGUCUAUGACGCAGAUUCAGACUCUUCCAUAGAUCCACGACCAGUUCGAACUAUUUGUUGCGUUGGUGCAGGAUAUGUUGGUGGUCCAACUGCCGCCGUCCUCGCCUUUAAGAAUCCCCAAAUCCAGGUUACCGUCGUCGAUAAAGAUGAACGCCGGAUUCGAAGGUGGAACUCUCGACACCUACCCAUAUACGAGCCAGGUCUUGCGGAAAUUGUUCGAAUUUCACGAGAUGGGCUAUCAUCAAGCAAGGAGACAACGCCGACAAGCACCGAAGAUGACGUCGAUCAGCAGACCCAGUUAGAAAAUCCAGUUUCCUCAUCGGCUAGGGCGCCAAAUUUGUUUUUCUCUGCCAACGUGGCGAAGUGCAUUCGGGAAUCAGAUAUUGUCAUAAUUGCGGUGAACACCCCUACCAAGAUGCGUGGCGCAGGUGCCGGCAGUGCGACGGAUAUGACCGCGUUUGAAGCUGUGGCUGCAGAUGUCGUGCAACAUGCUAAAAAUGGCGCGGUAAUUGUGGAAAAAUCCACAGUCCCUUGCAGGACAGCACAGAUGAUACAGGAGAUUAUUGCUGUUCGCCGUCCUGAUGCACACUUCGAAAUUUUGUCUAACCCCGAAUUCCUCGCGGCUGGAACUGCCAUCCAGGACCUGUUGCAUCCAGACCGAGUGAUUAUCGGUUCCGCAACUACAGAACGCGGUCAAGCCGCAGCGGAGACUCUAGCUGGGGUGUAUGCGGGAUGGGUGGACCCAUCUCGCAUCAUCACUACUAACAUCUGGUCGUCCGAGCUCACCAAACUCGUGGCAAAUUCUAUGCUGGCCCAACGACUUAGCAGUAUCAACAGCAUUUCAGCAAUCUGUGAAGCCACAGGGGCCGAGAUCAAUGAAGUUUCCGCUUCCAUUGGAAUGGAUUCCCGGGUUGGCGACAAGUUCCUCCGCGCCGGCAUUGGAUUCGGCGGCAGCUGUUUCAAGAAGGAUGUCCUCAGUCUUGUCUAUCUCGCUGAGACCUUGGGGCUGAAGGAAGUUGGAGCAUACUGGCACCAAGUUGUCCUAAUGAACGAGUACCAACGCGACCGAUUUACUCGCCGUGUUAUCAAGUGCCUCAACAAUACCCUUGUCGGUAAGAAGAUCACUCUACUGGGAUAUGCCUUCAAAAAGAAUACAUCGGACACCCGCGAGGCCCCAGCCCUUGAGAUUAUUAAGAGUUUGCUUGAUGAGAAUCCCGGGGAGAUCGCUGUCUUCGACCCUUGUUGCAAUCCUUACGUUAUUGAAAGCGAGAUCCGUCAGCUGCAUGGUUACGGCCCCCCAGCUCUCAGCGAUGAUGGUGGUGCUGUGAAAGUUUACUCGGAUGCUUACGAGGCCUGUGCUUCAUCAAAUGCGAUUCUCAUCGUGACAGAGUUCGAUGAAUUUCGCAACAACGCGUCGGCUAAUAUCUCUCUUCCGCCAAGCCAAGAACCCUCCAAGGCUGUCCAAGAAAAGAUAAUUUCGGAGAUAGGUGGCGUGAGAGACCAUGCUUCUAUCUCUUAUAUCCAAGAUAAACUCAACGAUGAGCCCAAUUGCGCUGUCGACUGCCCAGACUGUCACCGAGAGAGCUGUAGCGACCCUGCUCCUCGCAAGCUUAGCGAGAGCAUGCCGAAGAAGCAGGUUGACUGGGAGAGGAUUGCGGAGAACAUGGGGACGCCCAAGUGGCUUUUCGAUGGGCGCUGUAUCAUUGACAUUAAGAAGAUGAGCAAGUUAGGCAUCAAGGUUGAGAGUAUUGGUUCAGCUGGUGAUGGAUUUUAA